AUGGGCUGGCUCAACAAAAUCUUUAAGAGUUCAAGCCACAAAAUUUCGGAAGGACAAUAUCAGGGAAAAUACAGGGAAGAAGAAAUAUGGGACGAUCAUUCCACACCUCCGGUAAUUAUGUCUGGUUUGCUUUACGUUUUCACACACUAUUAACUAGCGUGUUUGAUCAGUGACUAAGGGUCUUUCUCUUUCAAAGAGAAUCAAGAGCUUUUUUCAAGUGAUGUGAUACACGGUCCAAAUCAAUAUUUCGCGCCAGAAAAUACUUUUCUGUUGAAAAUAUAUCGCUACAGUCAGACACAAAACUGUUUAGAACUGGUAGAAUCAAGCAUCGAGAUGUUUUACGAUUCAGGGGAUUAAAAACUUUAAAAUAUCAUUUUUAUUAUCUUUUAUUAUUUUCACAUAUUGGGGUGUACAUCAGAUCCAACCUCACUUGGAAGUGAUGGGAUAAAUCUGUAUCCUAUAUCCUAUCUUCCUAUUUUCACGUUGGAAUUUCCUAGCGAGCAGAUUUAUAUCCGCUAAUCAUAAUGAUUCAUUGACUGCUCGUUUAUGUCUUUUUUUUAUUUUUUCUCAAUUUUUAGGAUUUUCUCAUUGACAUCAAUUAACCUACAAAAGUUUAAGCACAUGCUUAGGGAUUACUGCUGUUUAAAAUAUUUUAUCUUGGCAUAACUAUGAAACCGAUGAGGCAAAUAUCUGAAUGCCACUUUUUUCAAUAUAAAAAUGCAUAGACGUGGCACACAUUUGCAUGUAUACAUAUAUAGAUGUACAUCCUAUAAUAUUUGGGCAAGCAGCUCUUAGUUAUUUUGUUGCAAUAUUGUGCAAAAAAUCCUUGAAGUUCUGAACGUUGAUGCGCAUAUUCGACAUGGACGUGUGGAAUUAACUGAUUCAGAAGUGCUCCUGAAUCCUAGGAACUAAUAAUGAAUUAUUUUUUACUCAACAUGAUCUUAAAGAAUAUUUUUGGCCUCUUCUCAAUGCUGGGCAACCAAACUCCCUAUAAUAAAAACACCGAGUAUCAUUUUUGGAAUGCUAAAAUCUUGUGAGUCAAUUUAUUUUAUGUGUUAGGUGAUGAGAGUUUGUUCCUAUGCAAUGGCUGCCUUAUUAUCUAGACCUUUUAGAAAUUCAUUCAGCCAUGCCAUUUAUUGUUUUGCCUCGUUUCUUCUUUUUUUAUCCAGACGAUCUUCUGGUUACAGAUGUUAUCCUUUUUUACUGUUUAACCUCCGUUUCUAAUGAGCCAAGCUUCUGGUUUUACUACAGGCGUCCAAGUCAUACUAUGAUAAUGAUGAUAUAGACCAUGCUAUUGCGCUUUCCCUUUCAGAGGAAGAGCAACGGAAGGCAAAAGCUGUUGGUAAGUGUAGAGUUUAUCUCUUAAUUUUGUGAUCCUACCAUCGGUAAGAAGUCAAAAGCUAUUGUGUAUUUCUGUAUAUUUUUUAAUUUUUUUCCCGGAUUAUUUUCUCCCUCAUUUAUUAUUGUAAAAUGAACAUUUUAAUUCCUAUUUAGGGUAAAUACUCGAUAUUUAUAACAUUAUUUCCUCGGUGUACUCUCUUGUAUAGAUACUGGAUCCCUUUUGGAGGAUGACGAACAACUCGCAAGAGCUUUGCAAGAAAGUUUAAAUGUCGAAUCUCCUCCACGCGAGAAUGGACAUAAUUAUCAGCUUAUACCUUUUAUUUUCUCCUCUGGUACCAGGUAAAUUUUUUUUCUUCUGAGAUUAUGUAUUUCUGUGGGAUGAUUUGAAUGAAUCAUGUGUUGCUCAUCCGAUCUAGCUAGCUGUAUAUUCAGCUAUGGGGCACUGUUCUUGGCGAUUAAAGUUUCUUUCUUUCUUUAAGAGCAUAAGUUAAACGAUAGCGAACACACCCAGGGUUUGUGGAUGGCAUUAAUAACUGUGGUUAGUCUUCGGUGCUGCAUUUUUCAGUGUGCCUAGAUUGUUUGCGAAUAUCUGCUGUCACAUUCACUUUGAGUUCUUGUGCGAAUACAACUAAAUGUAUUCAUAUAGAAAAUACGUACUAUUUCGGGGGUGGAGACUCACUACAAAUGCUUUAGAUUGCGAUAUUGGAUGAAUAUUGGGUAGAAAUUUGAAGGCAAGAAGAGAUGUUGUCUCAUGUGAUGGGAGAGACUGGUGCUUCUUCGAUGCCAGUUCAUGACUUGCCCUCAUUGAACACUUGGGAGAUUAUGUAAAUGAGAUACUUUUUUCCAUAUGUGUGAUGCGUGGAGGAGGUUCGCAUGACAUCAAUCGGCGAUGAACAGGCUUAGACCAAAAGACCAGGUACUUCAACUUGGCAUGUUUGGGUUGACCUUUGUGAAAAAUGGAGAACAUGGGUCGGGGGAUUGGUGAUUGGACGUGGAACACCAAGACUAUGGGAUAUAAGAUCAUCUUCUUUAGUAAUCUAUCCAGGAUGUGGAGAGAGAUGAUACAAUCUGCUCCACGUUUAGCUGCCAAAGCUGAUGCCAUAUGUUCAGAAGAAAGAUAUUAAACAGGUGGGAGUACCUACCGACUAUUUCUGGUGGGUUGUUGUCAAUGAUAGAUCCGGGUCAAUGGGUAUGGAUGUGAGAGAAACAGUAGAUUUUUGUAAUCAAUAAGAAGGAAUCCUUCAUAUGGUGCGGUUUCUUGAUUCAAGUUAGUAACAGACGAUAAUCAACCUUGAAUUUUUCAGGGUAUGUGCCGGGUGCAAUGCGGGGAUUGGCCAUGGGCGUUUCCUCAGCUGCAUGGGCGCUGUUUGGCACCCAGAGUGUUUCUGCUGCCACUCAUGUGGUCGCCCCAUAUCUGAUUACGAGGUGAGGGAGUCGUUGCCCUGGUGAUCUUCUUCCUCCUCGGAGGAUCAUUUCAUCUGAAACUGAAAAUAAUUGGCAUCAUCUCUGUCUCAGUUUUCAAUGUCUGGGGAUUACCCAUAUCACAAGUCCUGCUACAAGGAGCGCUAUCACCCUAAAUGCGAUGUCUGCAAGGAAUUUGUAUGUAUUUUAUUCCUCAACUCCAUUGUACUAGUCAUCAAGAAGAACAAGUUUUCAAUGUCUCUGUGCCUUCUUUUAUUACUAUUACUAUUACUAUUAUUAUUAUUAUUAUUAUCAUUAUUAUUAUUAUAUUUUAAUUAUACUGUAAUUUUUAUUUCAUUGUAUCUUUGUUUCAGAUCCCGACGAAUGCAGCAGGUCUGAUCGAGUACAGGGCACACCGAUUUUGGCUGCAGAAGUACUGCCCUUUCCACGAGCACGACGGCACUCCUCGAUGCUGCAGCUGCGAGAGAAUGGAGGUUGGGUUCUAUGAUGCAUUCAUGGAUCUGACCUGUUCAUGGGUAUUCUGGAAUAUUGUCUGAUCAUAUCAGGGACCCCAUCUGUGUCCCCAGCCAAGAGACACAACCUACGUCUCCCUGGAUGAGGGGAGGAAGCUCUGCCUCGAGUGCGUGGACUCUGCGAUCAUGGACAACAGCGAGUGCCAUCUCCUCUUCAUUGACAUCCAGGAAUUCUUCGAGGGCCUGAACAUGAAGGUCACCCAGCAGAUCCCCCUGCUCCUGGUCGAGAGACAGGCCCUCAACGAGGCCAUGGAAGGAGAGAAGAACGUGAGCCUUUUCCCCCUUUUUAAACCUUCCCAUAAGCAAACCAUAUGCAUCUUUAAUCUUUACAUAUACACCAAUCUAUAUGCAUAUAAAUAAAUAAUAAAUAAUAAAUAAUAAAUAAUAAAAAUAAAUGUUAUGUUCAAUGUUGUUCAUGAAAUCUCUAGUGAUUCCUGUGUGGCUGGAUGAGCAGGGAGGGCAGCAUCACCACCUACCGGAGACCCGAGGGCUGUGCCUCUCCGAGGAGCAGACUGUCAGCACUGUAAGGGCUGUUUUUUAAUGCUAUUUGGGAUUACCAGUGGGUUGGGGUUGUUUCUCCUCAUCAGCUAUGAGGCGGCUGCUGCCCCGUGCGGGUGAUGGAUGGGCCUCAUUUGGCUCUCCUGUUCCUCAAUUUGGCUUCAGAUUCUGAGGAGACCGAGGAUCGGCGCGGGGAAUCGCGUCAUGGAUAUGAUCAGGGAGCCCUACAGGCUCACCCGGGUCUGCGAAGUGACUGCCAUUCUUAUCCUCUACGGCCUCCCCAGGUACCCAUAUCAUCAUCAUCAUCAUCAUCAUCAUCAUCAUCAUCAUUAUUUAUCAGCUUCUUUAUUUUCUUAGCUUCGCUUCUAGGCCCCACCCUAGAACCCACCAUUCUUUUUAUUUAUUUUUCAGUCCCUAAGUUAAUUACUAUCAAGAUAAGCAAAAAAUCUCCUUCUCUCUCUCUCUAGCUUGACGAGGUUAUAUGAUUAGUGAGAAAUUAUGGGUUUUGGGGACCCAAAAAACCCAGUUGAAAAAAUGGAAAAGGGUGAGUCAACGUUUCAUCCCAGUUCGUAGGGAGCUUCAUUAUUUAUGAGUUUUUUUAUUGUUUUAGUAAGAAAAUUAUGGUUUCUGGGGAUCCAAGAAGAUCCAGUUGACAAAAAAGGAAAAGGGCGAGUCAACGUUUCAUCCCAGUUCGUAGGGGACUCUGAACCCAGUUGAAAAAAAGCAAAGGGGUGAUAAAGAUUGUGGUGACGAAGCGAACUCUGCCAAUGCAGGCUGCUGACUGGAUCGAUUCUGGCUCAUGAGAUGAUGCACGCGUGGCUCCGGCUGAAUGGUAAUUGCCAACUCAUCACCCGGUCCACGUCAUCAACGCGAAUAAUUAUUUAUGUGCUGCGGGCUCGUGAAUACCUUCCCCCUACUCUCAUUCUCUUACCCCUCAGGAUACCGAACACUCAGCCAGGAGGUGGAAGAAGGCAUAUGCCAGGUCCUCGCCCACAUGUGGCUCGAGUCGGAGAUCGUGUCGGGCUCCGGAGCCCACGUGGUGGCCACCUCAGCAUCACCUUCACCGUCGUUGGCUUCUUCUUCUUCCUCCUCGGGGCUUCCGAAGAAGGCGGCGCGGUCCCAGUUCGAGAAGAAGUUCGGGGAGUUCUUCAAGCACCAGAUCGAAACGGACCCCUCGCCGGCGUAUGGGGACGGCUUCAGAGCCGGCUACCAGGCCGUCCUCAAGUACGGCCCCAGGUCCACCCUUGACCACAUCAAGUUGACCGGCAGCUUCCCUUGCUGA